CGGCGCUCCACUCCCGGACGGACGACUAGAAAAAAAAUAAUUAUUUUUUUCGUUAAAAAAAUGAUUUAAUUCGCGUGUGUCUGUGUGUGUUUGCGAAAAUCCAGCGACUGUUUUUCAGUUUUUGAAUUUUUUGGGGGGGUGGAGCUGAGGGUGUGACGAUGUGAUGUGUUCGAUGCAACCGUAAGACAGUGUUUGGAGAAGAGGAUAAAUAUUUGUAGUGUUAGCUUGAAACUGUUUUAAUAGGUGAUAAGUGUUACGUGUAUGAAGAACUCUAUGUAUGCAACUUCAAAACAGACCAGGAGCCUGAACUAUGUGCAAAAUUAUUCAAGAUUUUUCUGAAUGUGAAGAAGAAGAAUCAGAAGACUUGUAUGACAAGAUUUGUGUAGAUUCGCGCUGUGUAAAUACUGCAAGUGUGUGUUCGUUUAGGACAAGUAGAUGAACAUUCGAAAUUUGCCUAAUUCUUGUAAUACGUACGUGGAGACGCCUGGUAAUCACGUUAUAUGUUUUUCUGAUGUUUUAUACUUUCUUAAAACAUCUUUGUAUCGUAACCUGAAGAAGAGCUCAACUGUACAGAAGUGAAUGUGUGUGAAUUUAGAUACUCCAAUUUCUCGUAUGACUUCUUCGUCUGUUAAAUUUGUAAAAUAAACAACACAUUGGCCUGAAAAUUAGCUCAAGUGUGAGAGAGAAGCUAUACUAGUUAAGUAUCAGCAUCGAGAGAGCGAGUGUGUUUCCGUAGACUUAUUCUGCAUGCUACUGUACUUCCAAGCAAUGUGAUACUGUUGAAGUUCGUUGUUAUCUACAGUUACCCAUGCUUUCAUACUGACUUUUUAUACACGAAGAUUGUCCUCUUUGUCUCAAAAGCGAUGGUAUUUUCGAAAACUAAACUUUAAUUAAAUUUGUAUCUCCCCGAGGCCAGAGAACUUGCUUUUGAAAGUUUCAGCUCUGAAACAAGACUCCCUUUUGUAUCUCGACGCUAUUUCUAUCGCGGUUUCACAUCGUCAGAAAAGUGCCGGAAAGUUCUUUUCAGUUUCUACUGGCGAAGAGAGUAAGAAGCAAAAUUGGAAAGCGAACAAGAGACGUGAAGUCUGCCGUAGUAGACAGUUGAGCAAAGUGUCUGCCGAGUGUGCCCCGGCGUCUCAACCGAGGAGGACACGUGUUCGAGGUGGGUGUCAAGUGCAUCACGUUUCGAGGGACUGAACGCAAGAGGACGAUGACGACGGCGACGGCAAUGAAGACGACGGCGGCGUCAUCUCUAGGUCUCCUCUGCAUGCUGACACUGCUGUCCGUGCCGGCGGUUGACUGUGCCCAUCAGCAUAAAGUCAUUGAUGUCGAAUUUAGAGUUGGAGAAGGCUCCACUCGUUUUUCAUUAGAUUGUUUUGUGAAAUUCUCUGAAAUAAAAAUUGUAUUCUCUGAACUUCUUCAGUGUUUUUCUUUUGUGACUUUUUAG